CCGACGCCCUCCCCCCAACAUAUAUCUACGCGCACCGGUUCUUCGCCGGCGACUCGUCUCGGCUCGUGCUGCUGCUUCUGCUGCGGAUUGCCAACAGUUUCCUCGCGACUCCGGCGUCUCGGAUCACCAGUCGCAAGAGUUCGCGGCGGUCCGAUCUGUGCAGCGGGCGAUGGCGGCGGCGCCUCCCGUGCGGGGUUACGGUCCGGCGGCGUCGUCGUCGGUGGUGCUGUCGCCGCGGCUGCGGGCGCGGAUGCCGGCGUCCUUCACGCCCGUGACGACGCGGCCGCCGGCGUCGGUGCGUCUGCGCGCGGCGGUCGCGGACGCGCCCCGCGGGCUGCAGCCCCAGCGGCGGGAGGAGCGGGAGGUGGGGCUGUUGAAGAGCGUUUUUGGUAGAGGAGAGGAUGAGGUGGUGGAGAAGGUUGGGGAGGAAAAGGUGGAGGGGUGGAUGCGGGAGUCGAUCGCAGAGAUCGUGCGGAACAUCGGGGAGGCGCCGUUCCUAGUGCACCUGUUCAGCAGCGACGACGGCGGGGAGCGCAUGACGAUGCAGAGGGAGCCCGCGGCGCCGGAGAGCUGGAAGGACGUGCGGCGCCGGUGGGGACCGGGCGGGCAGCGGCGGCCGGACGGGAUCAUCCUGGUGGAGCAGGUGGCCGCCGCGGCGGCGGACGGAGGCGCCUCCGCCACGGAGGCAGCGCGGCAGGUGUGGGGGCUGGUGGUGCAGGCGCGCGGGAUGGAGUGCGCUUCGUGCUACGUGCUCAACACCUGCCGCGUGCGCUCCUCGGCGGGGUUCUGCACGCACUUCUGCCUCGCCCGGGCGCAGUGCUUCGGCGACCCCGUCGAGCUCCAGCUCCGCAACGCCUGGCUCAACCGCCUCUCCGUCCGCCGAUAGCCGCCACCAUGGCCGCUGCUGCUACUACUGAUCUACUUACUAAUUGUACUCGAUGCGUCUACGACCAAAUGCGAUGCCUCCGAUUCUGCUGGCAAGAACAAAGAAGAGAAGCAUGGUGAUUGAAAUUUGGGAGCAGGGAAGAACGGGUUGAUCGAUCUUUUAUUUCAGCUUGGCUUCUGUUUCUCCCUGAAUUGGGUAUUAAUUGUAGAGACUGUUGAUUGUAAUUCUUUCUUGCGUAUUCAAUGAAGAAGCAAAUUGAUCGAGGCAAUGCAUUGCCCGUUGGUAUUAUGAAAA